AGGGAGUACCAUCCCAAUGUGCCAAUUACCCACCCCGGAGGAGAAAAUCAUCUUCAGAAGAUGGACCGCGAUGUACAUGCCGCUAUCCGUCACACAGAGAACCUUUACUAUCCCUUUGCGUCGAAAGCUGAAUUUGACCUGGGAUACUGGCUUUCAGAGGGGGCGUUGUCGCAAAAAGAAGUUGAUGUUUUCCUCCACCUCGAGCAUGUAAGUUGCCUAUCUACGUUUCAUGUCAUCACUCGGAUCGAAGCACUACCUGAAGUACCUCGAUGGUACCACCAACAAAUAAAAGUUGGUUCCUAUAAGACGAAAGCACCCUUGGUGCUCUAUUGGAGGGAUGGUCUCGAUGUCGUGAAGCACCUAUUCGCCAACCCAGUCUUUGCGCCUUGUAUGGAUUUCCAGCCGUACCGGGAAUUCGAGGGCGCAGACAGUCAGCGAGCUUAUGGAGAAUUUAUGAGUGCUGAUCUUGCGUGGGAGAUACAG